UUGUACUUGUGCACUGAUCUCUUCCUAUUUUAAUGCAUUACGUACAUUAAAUUUAAUGCGAAAAUCUAACUCUCCAUACUGUAAAAGCCUCCCAUUAAAACCCUUGUACACAACCCUCAAAACACAUUCAUAAAGCAACACACUUUCAAAACUAGCUACUUAUAGAAGUGUUUUAUGUGAGUUGUUGAUGAUGAUGAACGGCCACAAAGCUGAUCAGAGUGUUGAGGCAAUGAAUGGCGCGGCAGGAAAGGAGGUGAUAAUCAACCGGCGGAGAAAUGAGGUGGUGGUGCAAAUGUUGUUGAGGUUUGUGUGCUUGGUGGCUUCUGUGGUGGCGUUUUCCUUCAUGGUUACUGCUGGUCAAAAUAGUGCGGUUUCAAUUUAUGGGUUCCAGCUUGAUGUUUCUUCCAAGUGGUCUCAUUCUUAUGCUUUUGAGUACCUGUUUGGAGUUUCUGUGGCUGCAGCACUAUCUUUGCUGCAAUUGCUUAUCAGUGGAACAAGGCUGCUCAGGAAAGUUCCAGCGGUUCCCUCAAGAAGCCAUGCCUGGCUUAUAUUUGCUCUCGAUCAGGUUUUUGCAUAUGCGAUGUUAAGUGCAGGGUCAGCUGCAGCUUCAGUCACAAAUUUGAACCGCACAGGAAUUAAACAUACUCCUCUUCCGAAUUUCUGCAAAGCUUUAUACAGAUUCUGUGACCACAUUGCAGUUUCAAUAGCCUUCACCUUCUUCAGCAGCCUCUUGCUUGCUGCAUCAGUUAUUCAGGAUGUGAUUUGGCUCACCAACACCAAGUCUUGAAUUUCCCUAACCUUUUAUUAUCAUAUACUUAUUUAUAUGUAGAAUUAAUGGAUAUGUAGAAGCUUAAAAAAUCUAUGUGAUGUGCCUAGUUUCUCCUAUGGAAUGUUGUAGAACACAGGAUUGGCCUUUGUAAAGAGUAAGAUGGGUUCUGUAUUUUGCUAUAGUAAUGCUUCCUGUGGUUCAUUUUGUGACCAUACUUAUCAAACUUCUUAAGUUAAUAUA